AUGUCCAACCAAGAAAUCAACAACGCGCGCUUCAGCACCGAAGCCCUGGAAUGGGAUUCCAACAAGAAGCACGUGGAAUCCACCGCCAACGCCCUCGAAGCAAUAAAACGCUACGUACCCGCCUUCAAAGAAGGUAAAAAUAAAGAUCUCGACGUCCUAGAAAUCGGCUGCGGCACCGGCCUCCUCUCCUUCAUGCUCGCCCCGCACGUCCGCAGUCUAAUCGGCGUCGACACCGCCUCGGGCAUGAUCUCCGCCUUCAACCUCAAACUCGCAAGCCUACCCACUGACCACCCAAACCUCUGCUCCGUAAACCACUUCCUCACCAACCCAGACGCACACGAGCUGCAAAGUGCCGCAGCACUGCUAGCCACGCACCGGGGAGAAGAACCCAAGCCGCCGUACGAGUACCGCUUUGAUCUCGUAGUGUCGCAUUUGACGCUGCAUCAUAUACCGUCUAUGCCGGAUAUCCUGCAGACGAUGCAUCGGUGUUUGCGGCAUGGGGGCGUGGUAGCGCUGACGGAUUACGAAGAUUUUGGGCCAGAGGCUGUGCCGUUUCAUCCUGUGAGUAAGCGGGCUGGGGUGGAGAGGCACGGGAUUAAGAAGAAAGAAAUCGAGGAAAUGUUGCUGGGGACGGGCUUCAACGAGGUGAGGGUUGAAGAGGCGUUUGUGCUGAGGAAGGAGGUAGAGGCUGAAGAUGGGAAACCGGCGAGGGAGAUGGAUUUUCCGUUCUUGAUUUGCUUUGGUGUUAAGAGUUAA